CGUGUUGGCGAGCGAAGAUGGCGGCCGAGAGGGAGCCUCCUCCGCUGGGGGACGGGAAGCCCACCGACUUUGAGGACCUGGAGGACGGAGAGGACCUGUUCACCAGCACUGUUUCUACGCUUGAGACUUUUUAGGAACCACAGUGUUCAUAAAGUUGAAAAGAAGUAGUAGUCCAGGAAACUUUUUUUUUUCUUCUGAAGUUACCAGUGGAGAAAUAGAAACGGAUCACCACCUUCUUUUCCUCUUUUCUCGCAUGGUCAGCGAUCUCUCAAUCAAGUCCAUCAUCUCCAGAACCAGCUGGUCUUCCUGCAGAAGAUAUUAGUACAAACUCCAAUGGUCCAAAACGCAAAGAAGUUAUGCUAGAUGAUGACAGAGAAGAUCUUUUUGCAGAAGCCACGGAAGAAGUUUCUUUGGACAGUCCAGAAAAGGAACCUAUUCUGUCUUCAGAGCCUUCUCCUGCAGUUACCCCUGUCACCCCUACUACACUCAUUGCUCCCAGAAUUGAAUCAAAGAGUAUAUCUGCUCCUGUAAUCUUCGAUAGAUCCAGGGAGGAGAUUGAAGAAGAAGCAAAUGGAGAUAUUUUUGAUAUAGAAAUUGGUGUGUCAGAUCCAGAAAAAGUUGGUGAUGGCAUGAAUGCUUACAUGGCAUAUAGGGUGACCACAAAGACUUCCCUUUCCAUGUUCAGUAAGAGUGAAUUUUCUGUUAAAAGAAGAUUCAGUGACUUUCUUGGCUUGCAUAGCAAAUUAGCAAGCAAGUAUUUACAUGUUGGUUAUAUUGUGCCACCAGCUCCAGAAAAGAGUAUAGUAGGCAUGACCAAGGUCAAAGUGGGAAAAGAAGAUUCAUCAUCCACUGAAUUUGUAGAAAAACGGAGAGCAGCUCUUGAAAGAUAUCUUCAACGAACUGUAAAACAUCCAACUUUACUACAGGAUCCUGAUUUAAGGCAAUUCUUGGAAAGUUCUGAGCUGCCUAGAGCAGUUAAUACACAGGCUCUGAGUGGAGCAGGAAUAUUGAGGAUGGUGAACAAGGCUGCCGACGCUGUCAACAAAAUGACAAUCAAGAUGAAUGAAUCGGAUGCAUGGUUUGAAGAAAAGCAGCAGCAAUUUGAGAACCUGGAUCAGCAACUUAGGAAACUUCAUGCCAGUGUUGAAGCCUUGGUCUGUCAUAGAAAAGAACUUUCAGCCAACACAGCUGCCUUUGCUAAAAGUGCUGCCAUGUUAGGUAAUUCUGAGGAUCACACUGCUUUAUCUAGAGCUUUGUCUCAGCUUGCCGAGGUUGAGGAGAAGAUAGAUCAGUUACAUCAAGAACAAGCUUUUGCUGACUUUUAUAUGUUUUCAGAACUACUAAGUGACUACAUUCGUCUUAUUGCUGCAGUGAAAGGUGUGUUUGACCAUCGAAUGAAGUGCUGGCAGAAAUGGGAAGACGCUCAAAUGACUUUACUCAAAAAACGUGAAACUGAAGCAAAAAUGAUGGUUGCUAACAAACCAGAGAAAAUACAGCAAGCUAAAAAUGAAAUAAGAGAGGAAAUUGAAGAGUGGGAGGCCAAAGUGCAACAAGGAGAAAGAGAUUUUGAACAGAUCUCUAAAACGAUUCGAAAAGAAGUGGGAAGAUUUGAGAAGGAACGAGUGAAAGAUUUUAAAACGGUUAUUAUCAAGUACUUAGAAUCAUUAGUACAAACACAACAACAGCUGAUAAAAUACUGGGAGGCAUUUCUACCUGAAGCAAAAGCCAUUGCCUAGCAAGAAGAUUAUUCCUGUUAAGAUUUUGGAUGAUUGUUCCAGUUACGCUGAAUUCCACAGUGAAAUCAUUUAAAACCAUCUAAAUAAACCACUAUAUAUUUUAUGAAUUACAUGUGGUUUUUUUAUAUAUAUGCUCUGACAUUUUAUUACAAGCUGCAUGUCCUGACCUUCUUUGAAUUAAGUGGACUGUGGCAUGACAUUCUGCAGUACUUUGCUGAAUUGAACACUAUUGUGUCUUAAAUACUUGCACUAAAAAGUGCAUUGCAAGGCCAGAAAAUUUUACAAUAUUUUUUCUUUACAAUAUGUUCUCUAGUAUGUUUCUCUGAUCUUUAUGAAGUGAAUUAUCAAUGCAGUGAUUAAUGUUCACUUAUACAUUCCUGUACAGAAAUUAUGAUUUUGUGAUUAUAGUAAUAAAAUGAUAUUCCUUGUGAAAUAUUAGUAACAAAUUAUUUGGGUAUGUAAACAUAGUAGGGAUCUUUUUAAAGUUAUUUUUAACAGUAAGAAACUUUUUCUUCCAGAUGUAUAUAGGUAAUGCUAUGAUUCCAUAAUUGUUUUAAUUGACAGAAAAGGCUGAACUCUUACAUGAUUAAAUGACUAAAUGAAGCUUAAGUUUUCUUAUGAAACCAUCAUAAAUCAAAGGACAUUUAUAUCUUGUUUGAUAUCUCAGGAAUGCUUUUGUCUUGGGUGCAGAGGAGAAUAAUUGUUUAUAUCCAUCCCUAUUAUAAAGUGCCCAAUUUAAGAAUUAUGAAAAAAACGUAUGUGCUUCUGUUACAAAUUUUACGGAUUUUGCUAUCUUUUGUUACCUUUGAGGUCCAGAACUUUUCAUAUACUCAUUUUAUUCCUUGCCUGUUCUUUCCUCAUAUUUUGUUUUAAACUAUGUCUGUGAUCAUAAUUGACAAAGAUUGGUAGCAUGCUGAAAUACACUGUGAUUUGAUGAAUUACAAAGGAUAGCACAAAGCAUAUUUGAAGUAAAAUUGCCAUUGGCAACUUUCUCACUUAUUUUUGUAUCCAAUUUUGAUGGCUGUUACCUAAUCUUUAAUGCCGAUGAAAAGUUGACUGACAUCAGAGAUUUCAUUUUUUUAAAAGUAUGUUUGAAGACACCCCUCUUCUCAAGCUUAACAGCCAUGUAUGUGUUUCAGAGGACUAAGAUAUGGUAUGUGUAGCUGAGUCCUCUCUAGUGACUUACUGGAUACAGUUAAUGUAUCAGAGUAUCCUCAGCAUGUGUUUGUGUUCACUUAUUUUAAUUGAAAUUUUAAGCCUGUAUUCCUAGCACCCAGCAGAGUGCCUGGCACAAACAUGAUAGGUUAAUAAUAAAAACUCAAUUAACAGAAAAAAAAAAAAAAAAUCCCAGAAGAUGCAAAAUAA